UUUGCACAUAAACAAAUCUGUUAAAUAAAACAAGUUAAAAUCAAUGGAAACAUUAUGAAGAGAGUUUGCUUUCUCCCUCUCUGUCUCUCUCUUCGUCCUUCAGCCAAUGUGCGCAUUUGCCAACAUCCGAGGGAUCCCUUCUUCAAAGUGCGUUAGGAUUCUGCUAUACACGAUCGACCGAACGAGCCAAAACGAACCACCAAUCCAAUCCGGGUGGCCAUUUUAUUCUUCGUACACUCCUCAAAUCUUUCAGUCGUUCUAUAACCUCGCCCAAAGCCAACUCGUACCUCAUUUUAAAAACAAGUUUUUGCUUACCAAAUUACAACACAUAAAAAAUGGAAUCCCAGUAUAUCCUGAAGAAUCCUGAGGAUGUGUGGGUCUUCAAAAACAUAUCGUUUGAGGAGGGGUACAAUGUUGACGUAGAGUAUAUAAAAAUGUGGUCGUGUUUUCUUGACUCUUUUAUGUUAUUAUUCAUGUUGUUCGACUUUGAUUCGAACAGUCGAAUCUACAAAGUACUCAAGCGCUUUGUUGCGGCCAAUGUCUUAUACUAUAUCAACCAUCUUGUAAUGUCAAAGAUAAGCUUAGCAAAUGAUGAACUUAGCAAUAGCUUUAUAGAAACAAUGUUAACGAUAAUGAAAUUGCACGUGGUGAUGUCUCAUAUGGCAGCUUUCCUCUGCGUCAUCCUGCUCUCAUCCGAAUUCAUGAUGUCCAGUAAAAUAUCGGAUCACAAGCUCAUGAGCUAUUCCUUCGUACUGUUCAUUGUAUUAUUCAUCGUUCAACUCUUUCUGAUGUUAUUCACUUCCGUACCUUUCCAUUCAUUCAUUCCUACCGUGAUCUUCCUCAGCAGCAUCUUCAUUGUGUUCUUCAACGAUUUGACCCUGAUAUACAAAUAUAUUAGAGGGAUUCCAAUAGGCGUGAGUACAGUUUUCAGGAUGAACAUCUCUCGGAUCUACGUGUACUCUUGGCUACUGAUCGUCAUUUGCAGCAACUUUACGACCGUAUUGUCUCUGAAGAUAUCUUUGAUUGGAUACUUUCACAGUCUUUUGAUAUUUGCCUAUUUGUCUACUUAUGGUUCUAAAAUCUGGUUAAUUCUAAAAGUCAAAGAGGAUCCAAUUGACGUUGUUCCAGCUGUUACCAUUGAAACCAUCAAAACCAAUAAAACCGUCGAAAUUUCAGUUGAUAAAUAUUAAUCCAUUACGUUUAUCGACUGUACUUAUAAUAAAUAAAGCAUGUUAUUCAGUUACGAAUGUUCAAAAAUAUUUG